AUGCGUGCGUACGACCAUGCACACGCCUGCCUAAAUAAUGUUAUAAUGUUACCAGAGUGCAGUGUCCUUGAAGACAUCCACCGUACUCCGUGCGACAGCGACACCACUUUAGCCAAACGACGCAGUUUUGCCGAUCAGUACGUUUUACUUGUUCGACAAGAUGCCACCGAUUUUUUGGAAAACACAUUUUCUAACACAACGCCAGAACUAGUAAAGGACCUCAUUGUAUUGCAAGAUGAACGCCUGCCUUCAAUCACAUCUCUAUUAUCAAGAAUCGAGCAUUCCACUUUAACUUCCCUUUAUAUCAUUGAUUGCUGGUUGCGCUGGACCGACGAGGCAGUUAAUAACAACGAAAAUAAUGCAACUUUUCCAAAUAAUACUGGUUUUAGUAGCAAUACCGGUUAUACGAGCAAUACCCUUACGACGAGUAACAACCCUUGCGUUGAUUCAUCACAAAUGCCUCCACCUCCACCUCCACCAUACCGCACAUCUUUACAUCAUCACCACCACCAUCACCACAUUUUUUCAAAUGUUUUUGCCACUUGUAAUUUACGCUUUUUAGUGCUUUCAUAUACGCACCUGACGCGUUUGCCUGAAAGUUUAUUCAAAAUGACUGCUUUAGAAAUUUUAAAAGUCGAUCACAACAAUUUAGAAGAAAUACCAAGCGAGAUUGGGCAACUAAUCAACUUGAAGACUUUUUGUUGUGACAGCCAACGACCUCGCUUGCGAUCGUUACCCGCUUCUAUCACUCGUCUACAGCGCCUAGAAAUUUUGUCUUUCAGCAACAACCGGAUAGAGAACAUAGCCUGGAUUGUGUCCAUGCCUACAUUACGAGUAUUAAAAUGCGAUAGAAACCACAUCACACGCUUGCCAGCCCACCUAGUUAGUCUCAAAUUGACAACUUUAGAUAUAAGCCAUAACCGCAUCGAGUACAUACCCCCAACGUUGGUCGAAAUGUUUUGCCAUCUCUAUCAUUUAGAGUAUUUCAAUUUAACAUUAAGGCCGAAACAUAUACAACACGAUAGAUCUCAACUAUUUAGCCACCUAGAAAUGGAACAUUAUUUGCAGACGUUACAACAACAACAGCAAUUGCAGCAACAACAACAACAGCAACCGCAACCACCUUAUCAGCAACAAGCCAAUCAACAAUAUUGCAAUACUAGACUUGGAAGAGACAUCACAAUAGCAGUAGUUGGAGAAACACAUUCAGGUAAAUCUUCUCUAAUAGAAGCGCUGAAAGAUGACAAAGGAAUAAGCAGAGGAAUCAUGGAAUCUAACAAGACAUCAUCUAUAUCUACUUUACUCACAAGAGGACACACAGGAUUCGAAUCUCAUCAGUUUGAUAUGCGCACCAGCGAUGGUUUCACUAACUGUCACGUGAGUGUAAUGGCAAUGGGAAACGAGAUUUUUGACAAUUACAGCAAAAAUUUAAAAGUUGAUUUUUUUAUCUUGACUUUUGAUAUGACUUCUCUCGAAAUGCACAAUGGUUCUCAGCAUCUAUUCGCCCGACACGUCAGCAGGUUGCAAAUGUGGCUGCAAGCUCUUUACGAAUUAUCUCCAGAAACACCAGUUUUAUUAGUAGGAACCCACGCAGAACUUGUCCGGUCGUCAUCGUCGGUUACUGAAAUAUGGAACAUAGUGGAAAGUUUAUUAGAUCAGGCAAGACAACACCACGCUAAACGGUACGGAGAUAAUCGGUGCCAAUUUUGUUUAAUAUGCAAUCCAAAAACAAGCGGUAGACAAACUGGACAGGGUAGAAAUCGAAUUGCCGUGUCAGGGGCGGGCUUCGUCGAUUUGUCAUCUCCUCAUUUUGAUGCUCCUUCUAUUGUUAAUGGACAUCAACAAAUAGAUUCCAACCAAUCAAACUUGCCAACUCAAUCAUCAAAUCAAAAUAAUAUGUUUUUAACGUCGACAAUAAAAAUCCAUCAUACGCGAUACUCACACAUUGCCGGCUACUACGAAGUUGAUUCUAAAAAACCUUUUCCAAAAGAUUCAAAAAAGGCCAAUGCCAGUAUUGACCAACUAAAAGUUGCAAUAGUAAGACUGGCAAACCAUCAAAACAAGCAACAACUUGUGCCAUUGACUUGGCUGGCAUUCGUUCGACACCUAACGACGAUAAGGGAACAAUCAAGUGGGAUAUCCAGUUUAUCCUACGAAGAAAUUAUAUCAAUCGCCAGAAGUUUUGAAAUCUCACCUCAACAAGUUCCAGUUAUGUUACAAUACUUUCACGAACGCGGAAACGUAGUGUAUUUUCCCAACAAUCCUAGUCUAUCGCGUCUCGUCGUUAUUAAUCCAGCAUGGUUUGUUUCUAUGGUCAAAAAAGCCCUGGAAAGUUUUGACCAGAGUAAAAGUGACACUUCGCGAAUAUUACAGUGCCUCUCCGAUAAAGAUUUAGACAGACAUUUGCAAAAGGCGUCAGGUUUGACGCCUAACAACACCAUCGUUACAUCGAGCGGUCAGUGGCUUCUGGCAGCACUACAAACUCUUGAUUUGUGCUUACCUGUGGCUGACUGUCCAGCAACUGGUGAUCAGAUACUUGUAUUUCCGAAUCUUCUUGAAAACGGAUCUCCUAGUCAAGAUGUAUGGCCGGAUGUUCCUGAAUGGGAUGAAAAACAGAUAACGUGUGACUUUCGCUUCCGCUGUUUGAAACCCAAUCAAUUUAUCGAUUUCAUCCGUUGCAUCAACAGAGAAGGUAGAGUUUUAUUAGAAAUCGUUCCGGACCCUGUACCAGUUCUACUAGCACACCACAUAGUAUUUUUCACUGGAAUUGAUUUAGGUGGUUGCGAUGAUUGUUGCAACACUAGACGUAAACUAAGAAUAUCAGGAAGUGGAACUAACGGAAAGCAAACGUCUUACUAUCAACAACAGCAACAACAGCAGCAACAGCAGCAACAAUCACAACUGUUGCUACAACACUCACAACAGGCCUCGGUGGCUUCAUCUUGUGAUGAAUUUGACCUGAUGGAUGAUGUCAUGCACAAAGUUCACAUCACGCUCCACAGUAGUAUGGACGCUAUCAGGAUUCAGGUUAGAGGAGUCAGUCCAUGCUGCACAAUGAAAGCGGUUUUAAACUUUUUAGAACUUUAUUUUGAUGACAUACCCGACGAGUGUCCCAGCAACGCAGCUGCAACGGAUUCAAGUUCAUCAAACGCAUCUGAUCGAGCUAGUCUUAACUCACAAAGUGUCAGUUUUAGCUCCGAAAGUAGAGGAGGUAGUAGUAGUGGCGGCGUCACUGGACACCAAGCUACUGUUACGUCAAAUAUGACAGGGAGUGGACAUCAUUUUUUUGACGAUGACGACGAUCGUCAGUUUUUUCUUCUUUGUCCUAAAUGUGUACUUUUACGGCAUUCAAAGCCUGAAAAAAUUGUUUAUCACCAAAGUUCCAAUGUAAAACGAAAAGCUAUAUGCAACAGAUGGCACAACUUGGGUAGUUGGACUCGAGCCAUCACUGGAGAUUACCGAUGCAGCAAUACCGAUAUACACUUACAAACUAACUUAACAAGCCUUCCCGACUACGAACACCCGAGGCUGGUUUUAGUUUUGCCACCUAGUUUGGCCGUUUCAACAAAAGAAUGGUACAUGUUUUCAAGAGUAAAAUUUUUAGAGGGAUUCGAAGUACAUUUUUUAUGCGAAAAUCCCACAUAUUGGCAUAUGACUGAAAACUCGGGUUUCAGGUUGCAAUACACGUCAACUUUGAGGCAAUCUCAACGUCCACCACUAGGUCAAUUGUCUAAAAAAUCGUCACAUUUUAGCAAUCAAAUAACCACUAUAUUAGGCUUAGCUUUGUCAAUGGUUCAGGUAGUCCAAGGGACAAAUGAACACGGCCAGACUUGUCGCCUCAUAGCGCCUGUCGUGGCAGACUUGAUAAAAAUGUACGAUUACUUGAGAAAUGUGGACCCUCAUCUUACAGAUUCUUACGCCUGGUUAACAAAAAAUAAAGAUCGAGUUGUUACGAUGUUAACUAAAGUACUAGCUAACGCCAGCGAUGGAUUACCUGAUUUGUAUUUUAAGGCCGGAAGUUCUAUUUCAACUGAAAUGAUGUUUCAAUCGCCUUCGAAAGCGAACAGAAAUGAUUUGGCAAAGUUUCUGAAAGUAGAAACAACAUCAGGUCGGUUUGGGCAACUGAGACCCCUUUACGUGGGUCGAGAAAUAAGAUGGGUUUGUGACGCUCAUUAUGAAGAACUUAGAACAAUGCCGACAAAAUGA